AUGAUGAAUUCAGACAACGGGCGUGAUAGAAACUACAAACAAAUUAUCAUCAUAGGUGGAGGUGCAAUCGGAUGCUGCGCAGCAUACUACCUGUCUCGACACCCUUCUUACAACCCAGAUCAACACCGUAUCAUACUUCUUGAGGCGACCAAGAUUGCUGGAGGUUCGUCUGGCAAGGGGGCGGGCUGCCUUGGAGAAUGGGCUGAUCCCGCCUGUCUGGCACCAGCGAGCUUUGAACUACAUGCACAACUCGCUAGGGAGCACGACGGCGAGAAGACCUGGGGCUACCGGAAAUGCGAUUCCGCCGAUUGCGAUGCGGUAGAGAGACAUAUGGACGAUCCAGAUGCAGACACGCGAGUCCCAGAAACUCUGGACUGGGUCGACCAUGCCGUCUUCAAAUGGUACAAACCACUGGGAAAGACUGCCCAGUGCCAUCCGUAUCUGUUUACAACCUCUUUGGCUAGACUAGCAGAGGAGAGAGGAGUACGUUUUGUCGAAGGAAGUGCGGAGGCAAUUGUGUACUCGAAUACGCGAGAUGAGGUCCAGUCGGUCACAUAUCGUGACAAGAAUUCUGGAAGGGAGCAACAGCUUCCUGCGACGAACGUCGUCCUUGCAGCCGGUCCAUGGACGCAGAGGCUCCUCCCAGAAGCACCAAUAGGCGGCGAACGGAGCCACAGCGUCGUGAUUGAUCCUGGACGAGACGUGUCGCCAACAAUAAUCUUUUUUGAUGCAGGCCACAUCGUCCCUGGUGAUACGAAAAACCAGUUGGAGGUCUACCCCCGCCCGGAUAAAACCGUCUACAUGUGCGGACAAACAGACUAUGGCGCAACUCUCCCUGCAACCACCGAUGAGGUGGAAGUCAAUACAAAUCUCUGUCAGGAGCUGAUGGAAAAUAUCGCCAUCGUCUCCCCAGACUUUGCCAAAAGUCAGGUACUUAUAAAGCAGGCCUGCUUCAGACCGAUCGUGAACUUGGAGGGUCGUGAUCCCGAGCUAGGCCCUCUGCUGGGCUUCACCGGGAUCAAAGGCCUUGUCUUAGCAGCCGGUCACAAUCAGUGGGGAAUUAACAACUCGCCUAUCACAGGUAAGAUUAUCAGCGAGUUGGUGUUCGACGGACGGGCAACGAGUGCAGAUAUCAGCGAGUUGGAUCCACAGGACUGUCUAAUUUUCAAGUAG